GGUCUCUUGGAACGAAACGUCAAAUCGUACGUCAAAUGGAGAAAUGUCAGAAAUCAGUUGACUAUCAGAAGUCGUCACCUUAGGAGACUCUAGGUUACAUUUUAAAAUAUUUCCUCUCUUCUUAGCAAACUGUGCAACAUGAACGAUUACGGGAUUCCGAUAAUCGAACCUACCGUUGACUUUACUAAGGUCCCGGCGAUUCAUCAGAAAAGAACUAUCACAUUCGUUAAUCAUUUUAUUAUACAUACAGUAACGUUUUUAAACAAGUUCGCUCUGUCUUGCGAGGAAAAACUGUUCGAGUUUGAGAAUAAAUUGCAAAAAGUAGAAGCGUCACUAGGAAUCCUUGAAUCUAGGCUUGCGUCAAUACCAGAAAUUGACUUUCCAACAAAGACUGACUCUCCACCAACCACUGAAUCAAACAAUCAAGAAGUGAAAUUGAUGGAACAAGAUCAACCAGAUGUGGUUGAAGAGGUGAAAGCUGAAUCCACUGAUGAAAAAGAUCAAAUUAGUAACACACAACCUAUCAGUAAAGAUCCUCGAUAUGCAAAAUUUUUUAAAAUGGUUCAGUUUGGCGUACCCGCGCAGGCUGUCAAAUUGAAAAUGAAACAAGAGGGUCUAGAUCCACUUUUGCUAGAUAAUCCGGAUCAGCUGGUUCCAAUAACGGAAAUAAUUGAAACAAAUACAACUACCGAUGAGGAUGAUGCUUGAUAAUAAACUGAAGACUAAAAGAAGUGUGCAUAUGAAACAGUAAGGUGCAAAGAGUAUUCACAGCGCUCUCAAAGUAAAAUUUUUGUCAUGCUGCAAAAAUUUUGGCACACCCAGUUGAUAGAAAAGGAAAAAAAACGUAAUGUAUGCAUUAUUGUUUGAUAUAACCAUUUAGUAAAUAAACACAUUUCAAAUCUUGAACGAUUUAUUUUAUUUUUUUGUUUAUAUAGUUACAAUCUUAAACGCAAGGUUUAGAACUGGAUCAUCUGGCCCUGUAAACAGAAAACAAAAUGUUUUACAAUUGGUUACUGGUUUAAAUUAAUUUUUAUGCAUGUCACUUCCAUUCAGUUUAGGUGCGCAAGUUGUGGGUAAAAGUUUCUGGGGACAAAUUUUUUAAAUUCGCAUAAAACUGUAAUUUCCAUAAAUGUUUCAAUCGCUUCUGAAAUCUCACUGUCUGAAGUUUUGAGACUAUUUUGAGAUUAUUUGAAUCGCAGCAAGGACUUGAACAAGUCUAACUAUUUCCGAUCAAUUUCCACACAUCUCAGCACCGAAUUUAAAACGAUCUAGAUAUACUAGGUUUUCGAAGACCCACCUUCCUCUUCUUAUCACCUCCCAGCUCGAAAUGUUUGCAUCGCUUGAGCGGGAUUUGCUUUCUGUACUUGCACUCAGUGCAUUCCAUCCUUAGCACAAUUUUCUUCGUGGUCUUAGC